GGCUACGCGUGCAGGACGCCGCACGGCAGGACCCCGACCUCGAGGCAGAGGCGCGAGGAGCUUGAGCAGGAGCUGUCGAAGCUCAACGAGCGGCUCACGGAGGCCCUCCGGGAGACUCCGAAGCAGCACAAGCGGCGCAGGCGCCGCAAGGGGAUGGCCGCGUCGAACGCCCCGCCCCCCGAGGCCAUAUGCAGAGUGCUUCUGCAACAAGCUCGGCAUACAAAACUUCACGUGGACUUACAAGAACUAG